UAGAAAACAAAUAUCGAAGGCAAAAUGUUGACAGAUGUCACGGAGAGAGUGUAAUGUGAGAUUGCUUUGGAGGAUGUUACUGUAAGAGGAACAGAUGGACAGCUGAUGAAUUGUCCUUGACGUUAAGUUACCAUGACACUGUAUCAUAAAGUGACCUUGACCUUAUUGGUCUGGAGUGUAUUUGUGUGUUCUGUUGUAAGAUCACAAACUCUGACACAAACAUUGGAUUUAUUAAUGAAAAAUGCAUCUGUUACACAGUAUGAUGAAUAUCUAUGUAGUAGUUAUAAACUGCCAGCAAAUGAUCAAUAUAUAGUGCAAUACGAAGCUUUAGCUAAUGCGGGCACGGCCCACCAUAUUUUGUUGUUUGGUUGUGAUGAGCCAGCUAGUACCGAUGCCUAUUGGCAUUGUGGUCGUUUAUGUAAAUCGCAGGAGCAGAUUUUAUUUGCCUGGGCCAAAAAUGCCCCUCCUCUCCAACUACCUAAAGAUGUAGGAUUUCGUGUUGGCGGUCAGACCAAUAUAAAAUAUAUCGUCAUACAAAUCCACUAUAUAAAUCCAUUACCAGCGGGAUCAUUAGACACAUCAGGAAUAAGGCUUCGUAUGACCUCUCUAAGGCAGAGGUACGAGGCUGGAAUUUAUUUACUGUUAGCAUAUUCCGUAAGAAUACCAGGCAACACAGUCAAUGUUUUUGCCGACAUUUCUUGCCAGUUUAAGGCCAGUGGUCCCAUAUAUCCUUUUGGAUACAGAACACAUGCACACAGUUUAGGCACUGUGAUAUCAGGGUACCAGGUCAAUAAUACAUAUAAUCUGAUUGGCAAGGGGAAUCCCCAAUGGCCCCAGGCUUUCUACCCAGUGGAGAACAAAAUAGUAAUCCAGAAAGACGAUUACCUGGUUGGUCGCUGUGUAUAUAAUUCCACUGGAAGAAAUCGUGCCACAUAUAUUGGGGCCACACAUAAUGAUGAGAUGUGUAACUUCUACAUCAUGUACUACGCUGACCGGAACACCAGACUGCAGUACCACUCCUGUGCCGGAAACAACAUGCCUGGUCUGGUUCAGAAACUACCAGCCUACUCCUACCAACAGCUUCCUCACAACCCUCUACUGGAGAUGGCAGCCCAUGGGACACAUGGUCAUAUGGGGGAUGCUAAAGGUCACAGUGGCAAACCCGUAGUUACUGCAGCUCCAGUUACCAAAGCACCAACAACAACUCCAACACCAGCACCGACAAAGCCAACAACCAGAAAACCAGAAACAGUGACUCACUUGAUGGACUUUGAAUCGGACUUUGGGGGUUCCAGAGGGAGCCCCACUCCAGGGUCAGAGGUGGUGAUAGGACAGGUGGGAGGGGUGGCCGCUGACAAGUACGGCAACGUCUACGUGUUUCACAGAGGGGAGAGGGUGUGGAAUGGCCGAACUUUCGACUACAAUAAUGUAUUUCGGCAGCAGGACAAACCCAUCAGAGCUAACUGUAUUGUAGUGUAUGACAAGGAUGGCCAAGUCAUCAGGCAGUUUGGCAAAGACAUGUUCUUCUUACCUCAUGGUAUUACUGUGGAUGAUAACAUGAAUGUGUGGGUGACAGAUGUGGGCCUUCAUCAGGUGAUGAGGUUCCCAGCUGGCAGUGACCAGACCGAUUUGGUCCUGGGUCUAAGGUUCAAACCAGGCAAGGGAAAUAACCAGUACUGUAAGCCUUCAGACGUAGCCGUACUGUCCACAGGGGAAUUCUUUGUCAGUGAUGGGUACUGUAACUCUCGGAUUGUGAAGUACAACAGGGAAGGCACCUUUAUCAAGGAAUUUGGAGCAAGUAGCACAGCUACAUUUGGUACAGAUAAACCUGGCCCCAGUACUUUCAAUGUCCCCCACAGUAUGACUAUCGCGGAGGACAAGGGUCUCCUUUGUGUCGCUGAUCGGGAGAAUGGGAGGAUUCAGUGCUUUGACUUUGAGGGAAACUUUCAGAGGAUGAUAGAAUCUCCAGAGUUUGGUGGCCGUCUCUUUGCAGUGUCCUACUGUCCACUCCACGGAGGACUUUUGUUCGCUGUCAAUGGUCCGAAUUUAUCGGGAACCCCACCUGUACAAGGAUUCAUCAUUGAUAUUAAUGACGGUCAGCUGAUUGAGACCUGGAAUGCCAAACCUGGAUUACGGAAUCCACAUGAUAUAGUGGUGGAUCCAGUUAAUCUUCGGGUGUAUGUUGGAGAACUUGAUCCCACCAAAGUUUGGAGAUUUGAUAUGAAGGCUGAUGAUGGCUCAGGAAGGCAUGGAGGAAUAUUCCUCAGUGGUACCACUCCAGUUAGCUCAGGGACCACCGUGAAUGCCACGUUUGUGGAGACCCAGGAAACAAAUAAAAAGUCCCUAACAUCCGAGGAGGAAAUAAUGCCGGCCAUUAUCAUCGGGGCCCUGCUCAUCAUCCCCAUUAUCAUCAUCAUAGUCAUCGUCAUAGUCAUCAGAAUCUACAAAAAAGGCCAACACAAUUGUUGCCGACGACAUCGAUCACGGUCCCGGAAGAAAUUUAACAUUGGUAACUUCCUCACUCCACACCGAGGAUUCGACCGACUGAGUCAAGAGGAGAGCGACACGGAAUUCGACCCGCUGAAUGAUGACUCCGACGAUGAGGAGGAAUAUUCCAUCACACGAAAAGCCUGAGAAAGUUUAUCAAGUGUGGAAAAUUUUGUAAAUUUAUUUGAGGAAAAAGAGGAAUCGUUCAGGGGUUAAUAAUGAUGUGUCGUUACUUAUUUGAGGCCUGAAAUCUCUGCAUCUUUUCACCCAAGUAGAUCCUGAGUUGUGAUAUUAUGUGGAUUUCUUGUUGUUAUGUGAUAAAGACUGUUUGUUUUAAUAUAUAAAAAUAUAUAUAGAUAAAGCCACAUGACCAUAUUGAUAGAAGAUGAGCCAUGACAAACCUGAUCAGUGUAGAAAUUAGUUUUUUUUUUUAGGAAAAGAAAUAAGAAAAAAAAAACAAGUUACAAUAUUCGAUGUGAAAUCCAUUGUAUCAGAGUUUAGCCAUGGGUAAUACAGAUUAUUUAGGUGGGGGCGUUAUACGUCUUUGGAUAAAGUUUCUGUUCAUUGGUCGCAGGUGUUCAGACCUGCAUCAUAAAUACCUCAUAAUUCUACGUAGACAGGGCUACGUCUUAGCAAUUACAAAACUGUUUUAUUUUUGUCCUAUGCAUGCAUUUUAUUGAGACUUUAUGAACAGUUUAUGUUUAGCAAGGUUAAAAUUACCCUGCUUUUUUGUUUUAUAUAGUACAGUGGUAACUUGAUAUUACCAAUAAUAAAUUAUGAUUACCAAUAAUAAAUUAUGAUUAUAAUUGUUAGGUAUUUAUUGACAAAUUGUAUUUUUAACCAAUCUAUUUAUUAAUAUUAUUUAAUUAGAUUAGCUAUUGCAGAGCAGAUUUAAACAUGCAAUAUGAACCUUCAUUGUUCUGGACUAUUUUUGUAGUUCUUGUGGAUAGCCUUUUCUGUGUUGUUGAUUAGGACAAUAUGUCUCUUCAUUAAUGACUUCACAAUCAAGUUUUCACAACACAGUCCAGAAAGGACUAAUUUUUAUUGUUCAGAUAUAUUAUUAGACCUUUUAGUAUUCAGUUUUUAUAUUGUUAUGUUGAUAUACAUUAUGUUAAUAUUUUCUGUACAAUUAUUGCAAUAUUGAUGGUUUUGUUUACCUUGUAUGUCCUUAGUUUAUUAUGGGAUAAUGAAUAUUUCUGCCAUUAACAAAUACAUGUAGUACUUAUUUGUAAUUCACAUCUUUUCAAAUCUUUAUCUCAGAGAGUUAAAAGGAAUAAGCCAUUAUAAAUACAUAUAGUACUUAUUUGUGGUUCUAAUUUUUUUAAAUCUACAUGUAUGUAUGAGAGGGUUUAAUACAACAUGCCAAGACAAUAGCACUGGUCAAGGUCAUGGGUCAAGGUCACAUGUCCCCAUCUUGUUACCAUGCCCUGCUUUCUAGACUGUUGUAUAAAAUUAUUCCUGUUAGUUUUUUUCUUGAUGAAUUUAUUUUUAAGAUACUUCAAUAGGAACAAUCCAUUGAACUUUUAUUUCCGAUUCCCUGGUGUUAAAUGAAUUUUUAUUAAUUUUUAUUUAUGUAUGCUUGAAUGCCAAUAUUUUUAAUAAAUUAUAUUCCUCCUUUUGGGCAAUAUAAAUAAACUUGUGUUUUAUGGAAGAACCAGUCACAUUUAUAAAUUAUGUUCUGUUAUUUUCUGACUAUAUCCAUGUUUGUGUAUUCUUUGUGUAUAUUUAGUGUAACGAUCUCAUCAGCUCAUUUAUAUGUAUCAACAUUCAAAAUUGAAAUUGCAAAGCUUUUUGAAUUUAAAAAUAAGUUGAUAUCAGACAAGCAUUCCUGUAUAUGCUUUUUUUCCUCAUUCAGUUGGUGCAGUAAGUUGGAUCUUUAUUUUUCUAUUGCACCUCAAGUAAGGAAGGAAGAUAUGUUUUCUAGAUCAAUGGGAAUAAAUUAUUCUACUACUUCAGCUAUAUGGAAUUUUGUAUCAAUGUCUAGAAAAAUAUUUUCAUUCUUACAUCUUUGUGUAUUUUAGAGAGCCCUGUAAAUACAUUGGUGGUGUCCUUUAAUUGUUUUAGGUUGAACUCAUACAUUCUGUGUAAUGGAUAAAACUUUUCUUUUUUUAUGACUAAUGGAAGUAACUCUGUAUCAUAUCUGUACAUGACCUUUUGCUUUCUGUUCAGUAACCUUUGUUCAGGAUUUACACAAUAGGCAUCUCUUUUGUGUAGACGAAUAUUUUAUUUGUAUUUAAAACAGACGGAUGUGUUCUCUGUUCACUAGUCAUUACCAAUAACCUUCUCAUCUCACUAGGGGGUUUUCUGUUACCAGCUGUCCUAGCUGGGGCUGUAUAUGGGUAUUACUAAAUGAUUGAAUAUUUUAUUAUAUAUCUUGUUAUAUUUAUAUAAGCUAUUCAUUGUGGAUCUUUGAUUCUUGUUGCCAAAGUUAAACACAGCCCCAUGGCAUUCUUGUCUCUUGCUAGCAUUCCAUUAAUGGUGUUGUAAUAUCAUCAGUAAAUAUUAUAAAUAUGA